AGACACAACUUGAAAUGGCAAAAGGUACCAGGGGCCGGUGCAUUGCUUCCCGUCAAUACAGGUCAACUCCAUAUCCAUUACCAUCUUGCCAUGGAAAGGUUAUGGAGAAGGAAAUCAACCAAAAAAAUUCCAAUUCCUUGGAGAAGAAUGACUGGGAGGAUGCAACCUGUUCAGUGUGCUUGGAGUAUCCUCACAAUGCUGUCCUCCUCCUCUAUUCCUCACAUGACAAGGGAUGUCGUCCCUACAUGUGUGGUACCAGUUAUCGCUAUUCCAACUGCCUUGACCAGUUCAAGAAAGCCUACACCAAAGUGAAGUCAUUCCUUCAUGGGCAAACAUGGCAAGGCUCAGCGAACAAUUCAACUAUUAGCUCAGGCUCUAGUUGGCCCAAUGAGAAGUGUGAAGUAGUGGAACUCACAUGCCCCCUCUACCGGGGCCAGGUGAAGGGGUGGACAGUGGUCGAAGCUGCACGCGAUUGUCUUAAUAACAAGAAGAGAAGUUGUAUGCAGGAUGACUGCUCAUUCAUUGGAACAUACAAAGAGCUCAGGAAACAUGUCAGGGCAGAACACCCAUCAGCACGACCUCGAGAAUUGGACCCCAUACUUGAACAGAAAUGGAGAAGGCUUGAACGUGAGAGAGAGCGUGAUGAUGUGAUCAGCACUAUAAGGUCAUCGAUUCCAAGAGCAAUGGUCCUAGGGGAUUACGUGAUAGAAGGCAACCACUAUGGCUUUGAUACAGAUGAUAUGGAUGCUGACGAGGAUGAUGAUGGGAAUUAUGGGUUGCACUUUAAUGAUAGCAACUUAUUUAAUGUUGUGCUUUUCUUACGUCGCCAAGCAGGAGAUGGUGUCAGCUUCAGCACACGCUUGAGGCAACUCUGGAGGGGCUUCCACCGCACACUGGAUGAAAAUCUUCGUGGUGGAACUGGAAUCCCUCGUCUUGUAGUUUCUACUAGUGGAAGUGGCACCACAGAUGCUAAUGAUGAUGAAUCUUCUGUUGCCACCCGCUGA